AUGUGGGUGACCGACCAAGUCAUCAACUUCUUUUAUGAGUAUCUAAAUGAGUACUUCCAAGAAGGAGACAAAAUAAAAUUUCUUGAUCCAGCAUGAGUUGCAUUAAUGUAUCACAUGACCGAAAUAGAGAGUUUAUUUGAAGUUUUCAUGCCUCUCAAACUUGACAAAGCAGAUGUGAUUUUUUGACCUAUCAAUGAUAACCAAUCACCUUUCAAGACUGGAGGCACUCAUUGGGCACUGUUGGUUUACUUAAAAGCCACAGAUUCAUUCCACUACUUCGAUAGUGCAGGAGGAGAGAUAUCAAACCGUCGUUCAGUUGCUUCCAAACUAAGAGCUUUGAUCUCCAGGAGAAAAGAAUCUUAUUUCAUGAAAGAACUGAGUUCAGAAGUAGAGACUUUCCGACCAGGACCAAGACAAGAGAACUCUUACGACUGAGGCUUAUUUGUAAUGGCUACCACACUAUAUCUAGUCAGCAUGUACAAGGCCAACCGAAGGCGGCUCAAGAGCAUUGACAAUUUCGAGCUUAUCCAGCAUGUCAACCAAGAUGAAGUCGGAGAAAUGCGUCAAUACAUUCGGGAUUUAAUUUUUGAUGUUUGCUGAAUUUCAGACAAAUACACUCUAAAUAAAGUCUUCUAA